UAUAAUGACGGUAGAAAAAAUAUGCUACUUUCAUUUCAGGAUUUGAAAUGUCUAACAAGGCAGUUAUUGUGACUACAGCUGAUUGUAUAGAGAAACUGCUAUCUGAAAAAAAUUACCAAAAUAUUAGCAGUCAUCUUGCGUACCUUGAAACCGUUGACAUGACUACAGACUGCCUUCAGGAGACUGACAUCGCCAAAGCUGUGUACAGAAUCCUGAAGAACUGCCCCUCUGUGGUAUUGAAAAAUAAGGCAAAGCAUUUACUUUCAAAGUGGAAAACGCUUUACAAGAAUCAUCAUCAUCAGUCAGAACAAGUUAAGCCAGUGUUGUCUGAUCAUGGAAAAGGGAGUUCUGAUCACUUUCACGUGAUUCUGGAAGAUGCAAAUUCUUCUGAAAAACUAACUCAAAAUGAAAUAUUAGACACCACCAGUUCCAACAGUUGCUUGCCAUCAGAAAGCCACUCAAAAUGUACGGAAAUUACUGUGCAAAAGGACCAUGUGAUCCCACUUCUGGAACACUCUACGCCUGUUAAUGAAACAAGCUCUCAUCAAGAUCACAUAACAGCUAUGAGAUAUAAAUGCACAAAACUUCUUUAUGAAGCUUUGAUUGACUCUUCAACAAGUAAUGAAGAUACUGAACGGCAUCAUAACAUAGCUAAAAACAUCGAACAACAUAUUUUUGAACUCUAUGCUAAAAAUGAUAAAAAAUACAAAAACUGCAUCCGAAGCAAAGUUUCCAACUUAAAGAAUCCUAAAAAUUCUCACUUAAAACGCAGCCUGUUUGUAGGGACUUUGAAUCCAAAGGCAUUUGCUAAUAUGUCUGUGAUGGAAAUGGCACAUGAUGAACUGAAACAGCUCAGAGCUUCAUACACAGAAUCAUCAGUUCGUGAACAUCAGCUCCCCCAAAUUAAUAAUGGUACUCGUACAAACAAAAUAAAAUGUAGACGAUGUGAAAAAUUUGAUUGCAUUGUUACUGUGAUUGCCAGGGGAGCGCUUUUCCUUCCUAGUUGGGUGCGAAAUACAAAUGCAGAUGAGCAAAUGAUGACUUAUGUAAUUUGUAAUGGGUGUGGAGAGCAGUGGUACCACAGCGGAUGGAUUUGUUUGUGAUUGUGCAUCUUUUAAUGCUUAUAUCUUCAGAGGUGAUAAAUACACUAAGUUAUCAAAAUAAAAUACCUAAAAUGGAAACAUUUAAAAUGUUUGCAGUGAA